AUGGCGCGCAAGAACCCCAACAUCAUCAUCACUGGCACACCCGGUGUAGGCAAGACAACACACACAGAGCAGCUGGCAAGGGCAACAGGACUCAAGCAUGUUUCCGUCAACCAGAUUGUCAAAGACGAAGGGUUCCAUGAGGGCAAGGAUGAGGAGACGGGGAGCUGGAUUGUCGACGAGGACAAGCUCCUAGACUACCUCGAAGAACGCAACAUAUCGGAAGAAGGCGGUAACAUCCUCGACUGGCACGCCUGCGAUCUUUUCCCCGAGCGCUGGAUUGAUCUCGUCAUUGUCCUGCGCUGCGACUCUACCGUGCUCUACGAUCGCCUCACCGCCAGAGGGUAUAAGGACAAGAAGCUCGAUGAGAACAUGGAUAGCGAGAUCAUGCAGGUUCUGCUUGAUGAGGCGCGGGAGGCGUACAAGGAGGAGAUUGUCGUUGAGCUGCGGAGCGAUAGUGCGGAUGAUGUGGACGGGAAUCUGGAGAGGAUUGAGCAGUGGAUUGAAAACUGGAAGAAGGAUCGCAAGGACGAGGAGUAA